UCCAUCACAUCAUCAUUUAAUAAUUUGGUGGUAUAAGAAGCCUAAUUUUUUGUCUUGUUCGAGAUUUUUCUUUUUUUCUUUUCUUUUGUAUACACAUAUUUUUUUCUUCUUUCCUCUACACACUCAAUAGAAAAGAUGGCAAAUAAAAUCACUAUGGAUUCAGGUUAUAUGUGGUUAGGGUUGUAUUUCAUCCUCAACUUAUCCUUGACUUUAUACAACAAGAUCGUGCUAAACAACUUCAAGUUUCCAUAUUCAUUAACUGCCAUUCAUACGCUUUGUGGCAGUGUGGGUUGUUAUAUAUUGUAUGCUAUGGGCGUCUUUACACCAGCAAAGCUAGGUGACCGUGAAAACUUGAUUAUGGUCAUGUUUUCUGUUCUUUAUACCAUCAAUAUCGCCAUAAGCAAUGUAUCCUUGCAUCUUGUUUCCGUACCUUUUCAUCAAAUGGUUCGUGCCAUGACACCUGUAUUUACAGUCAUGAUUUCAAUCAUCUUUCUUCAAAAGCAAUAUCCUCGUAAAAUCUACAUUUCCCUGUUACCGGUUGUUCUUGGCGUAGGGUUUGCAACUUCUGCAGAAUACGAAUUUACUUACAUGGGAUUCUUUCUUACGGUAUUGGGCGCAGUCUUAGCUUCUAUUAAGACCAUCGUGACCAAUCGAGUCCAAGUUGGUCGACUUAAGUUAAACCCUCUUGAUCUGCUGUUCCGUAUGUCACCUUUAGCCUUCGUUCAGUGCAUCAUCUAUGCCCAUGUUACAGGAGAGCUGGAAAAGGUACGAGAGUUUUCUUCAGAGAACAUGACGUACAAUUUAGCCUGGACCCUUUUAUUCAAUGGAUUGAUUGCUUUUGGUUUAAAUAUCGUCAGUUUCACUGCCAACAAAAAGACAAGUGCUCUUACCAUGACAGUCGCUGGUAAUGUAAAGCAGGUCUUAUCCAUCAUUUUGUCUGUUAUCAUCUUUGAUUAUGCUAUCAAUUCAACAAACGCUUUUGGUAUCAUUCUGACAUUGUUCGGUGGUGGUUGGUAUGGAUUUGUCGAACUAUCCUUAAAGAAGAACGCUGCCCAAUUGUUGCCCACAACCAUUACUUCACCUACAAACUCCAUGGACGAUAAAUAUGAACAUACUAGUUCUGCAUUGACUGACAAACAAUUACUCAUGUCCGAAAAGAGGGAGGUAGUUGUUUAAUCAUUAUUUUCUUUUUUAGUUUCCUUUGUAUUAUAAUCAUUUAUUUCUCAUUUUCAUUUACAAACAAUAAAAAUAUAUAUAAAUUACAAAAAAAAAAAA